AUGGAAAGCGUGCCCCCGGCUGGCAGCAGAGCCAGCAUCAGCACCCGCAAAACCGGGCACGGUUCCUUCAGUCCAAGGCCGUUUGGGGAACAAUUAUCCAUCUACCUGGGGAAGCGGGACUUCGUGGAUCACGUCGAGUCCGUGGAGCCUGUGGAUGGGGUGAUCCUGAUUGACCCGGAGUACCUGAAGGACAGGAAAGUGUACGUGACACUCACAUGUGCAUUCCGCUAUGGCCGAGAUGACCUGGAUGUCAUUGGGCUGACCUUCAGGAAGGACAUCUAUGUCCUCACCACCCAGAUUUAUCCUCCCGUGCCAGACCAGGUGCCCAAGACUCUCACUCCUUUGCAGGACAGGCUGAUGAAGAAGUUGGGAGAGAAUGCUCACCCCUUCACUUUUGAGAUGGCAACCAAUUUGCCCUGUUCGGUCACUCUCCAGCCAGGGCCGGAUGAUGCGGGGAAGUCUUGUGGUGUGGACUUUGAGGUCAAAGGAUUUUGUGCAGAAAACCUGGAGGAGAAAAUUCAUAAAAGGAACUCUGUCCGGCUGGUCAUCCGAAAGGUCCAGUUUGCACCAAUGAACACAGGCCCAGCACCCAAGACGGAGACUACCAGGCAGUUCAUGAUGUCCGACAAGCCCCUGCACCUGGAGGCCUCGCUGGAUAAGGAGGUUUAUUACCACGGCGACCCAAUUGGCGUGAAUGUCAACAUUAACAACACGACCAGCAAGAUUGUGAAGAAAAUUAAAAUAUCAAUUGAGCAAAUCACGGAUGUGGUUCUCUAUUCACUGGACAAAUAUACAAAGGUUGUGUGUUCAGAGGAGUUUACUGAGAAUGUGGCUGCCAACUCCACCUUCUCCAAAAGCUACUCUGUCACCCCCUCCUUAUCCAGCAACCGUGAGAAACGAGGCCUGGCUCUGGAUGGCAAACUCAAGCAUGAAGACACCAACCUGGCCUCCACCACUGUUUUAAGACCUGGCAUGGAUAAGGAAGUGCUUGGAAUCUUGGUGUCCUACAAAGUGAAAGUCAAUCUGAUGGUCUCCCGAGGAGGUAUCCUGGGAGAUCUCACAUCAAGUGAUGUUGCUGUGGAGUUGCCUGUUGUUCUGAUGCACCCGAAACCCGCAGACAUGAAGGAUAUUGUGAUAGAGGAAUUUGCUCGCCAGAAGCUCAAAGGAGAGAAGGAUGAUGAUGAAGAGAAGGAGGAAGAGGACAAAGGAGAGAGCUAAUGCUGCCCUGCUUGCUGCAGCCCUCUAAAGCAAUGAUCCAAAGUCUGGGGGCAGAGAUCCGUUAGGGCAUCCCUUCGUGUACGGUAUUCCAUAUGAGUACUUGGAUACUUCUGUAUUUGUGACCUGAUAAAUCCUUGUAAAUUUUACUCAUCUGCAUUUUUGAUGAAAACACCAGAACUAUCAUUGUAUCUUAGUUGUGAAGUAAUAUAUAAAGGUAAUAGUCCUGUGUGUACUGUAUAUAAAUAAAAUGUGUCUAAAGCUCCUG